AUGGACACCAAGAACACGUCCCACCGCAAUAGCAGUUCCUCGCAGCGUCGCCGUCUGGUCAAAAAGUCGUCCCAUCAUUACUCGCGCUCCUCUUCCGGCCUUGACAGCGCCCACGACGCACACUCCAUCCACAGCAAACGCAGCUCAUCGAAUAGUCUCCGUCGCACACCCAGCGCGCCCCCGCCCGUGCGACCGAGCAACACCAUCGCCGGUGCCUUUGCUGCUUCGACCUCGCCCUCGCCCCGGCAUCCCUCCCAGGCUCAGCCCUCGAAUGUAUCGCCGCUGCUGCAGCAGGGUUACUUUGCCGCCGCCGCACCCUCGUCCUCUUCUUCCUCACGCCUGCCCUACCGCAACAGUCCGUCCUUGCAACCUGAACUUCAGUUUCGCCAGCCCGCACCCGUGUCCGCACCCGCACCCCCAAAUCCCGUCGCCGACGACUUCAUUGGCGCUCCUUUUGACGGCGCCGCUAUCCUGAGCAGCAUCGAGUCGGCAUCGUACAAUCCUCCGCCGACCGCCGCUCUCUCACCCGCUGUCGGCUCGACCCUCGCCACCACCAACACUGCCAACACUGCCAACACCUCAGCCACUACCACCUUUACCAGUCUACGCACAUCCCUCCCCGCCCAGCCGCAACAAUCGUCUCCUACAACGACUGUCGUUGCUCGUGCUGCUGCUGCACCCAUUUUUCGUGCCGUUAGUGCAAAGAAGCCCAAACCCCCUCUUCGACCCUCGAACAGCGUCACCACUAUGGAUUCAAGUGUCACCCUCGUCGAUAAGUCGGGCACGGCGCCGGCCGCCACCCCCAACAGGUAUUCAGACGAGUCUGGCGGCAUUCCUUCUAAGCCGCCUACCGUUCGCAAAAAGUCGGGCCUGUCUGGUUUUGUGAACAGUCUAGUCGGCUCCCAGAAGAAGCCCAUGAUUUCCGCACCAGAGAACCCCAUUCACGUCACCCAUGUAGGCUACGACAGCUCUACUGGCCAAUUCACGGGGUUGCCCAAAGAAUGGCAACGGCUAAUUAACGAAAGUGGUAUUCCCGAAAAAGAGCGCCGCGAGAACCCCCAAACCAUGGUCGACAUUCUUCAGUUCUAUAAAGAGACCACUGAAAAGGCCCCCGAGGACCAGGUUCUCGAAAAAUUCGGCCAUGCGGCGGACCGAUCGCAAUACGCCAGCCCUAACCCUUCGAAUUCCGCAUCACCAACCAUGUAUCCUACCAACUAUAUGGGAAGCUUUGAGAACCCCCGAGCUGCACCUCCUGUUCCCGCCAAAGGCCUUGGCCUACCACUAUCAAAAGACAUGGUGCCUAGCCGACCUGCACCACGGCCGCCCGUCAGUAUGGGUAACCGUGCUACCCCACCAAAUGCAUACACUGCGCCAAAGGACUCGGGUAUCGGCAUCAUGAACAACGAGUCCGACAGUGGACCCAUGUUACCCGAGGAGCAUCGAUCUCGCUCAAACUCGCGAGUCACUGGUCCUGCGCCCUUCUCGCCUCAGCAGACCGGUUCACCAAUUGCUACACAGCCCACGCUUCUCCAACAGCAGCAAAUGAUUCAACAGCAACACGAGCAGGCCAUCGCCCAGGCCCAAGGAGCCAUGGCUGGUCAGAUCGGACGCGCUCCUAGCAAGAGGCUACCUGCCCAGGCGCCAUCCCCUAUCGCUGCAGGAUACUCCCCACGCGAAGCCAAUGGAGCCCGUCAUCAGCCUGGCAUGACUCCAAACCCACAGGCACGACCUCGCCACCGCUCACGACAGAGUAACGGCAUCGACAUUGUUGCAGCGCUCAAGCGUAUAUGUAGCGAAGGAGAUCCCCGUGAGAUCUUUAGAGGCCUAACUAAGAUUGGUCAGGGCGCAUCUGGCGGUGUCUACACCGGGCAUGAGCGCAAUAGCAAUCGGUUGGUUGCCAUCAAGCAAAUGAAUCUUGAGCAACAACCUAAGAAGGAUCUGAUCAUCAACGAAAUCAUUGUGAUGAAGGAGAGCUCGCAUCCAAACAUUGUAAACUUCAUCGACAGCUUUCUCACUGGCGGUGAGCUCUGGGUGAUUAUGGAGUUUAUGGAGGGUGGAAGCUUGACAGAUGUUGUGACCUUUAACAUCAUGACGGAAGGGCAAAUUGCCUCGGUCUGUCGCGAAACUCUCAAGGGUCUACAACAUCUGCACUCCAAGGGAGUCAUUCACCGUGAUAUCAAGUCGGACAACAUUCUACUCUCCAACGAGGGCAAUAUUAAGCUGACUGAUUUUGGUUUCUGUGCCACGAUCAAUGAAGCGCAAAAUAAGCGCACGACCAUGGUUGGUACACCUUACUGGAUGGCACCCGAGGUUGUCACUCGCAAAGAGUACGGCCGCAAAGUGGACAUUUGGUCACUUGGUAUCAUGGCCAUUGAGAUGAUUGAGGGCGAGCCUCCGUACCUUACCGAGUCACCUCUCCGCGCCUUGUGGCUGAUCGCAACCAAUGGUACUCCGCAAAUAAAAAAUGAGAGUGAACUAUCAGACGUUUUCAGAGACUUUCUAUACUUUGCUCUCAAGGUCGAUCCCGAGAAGCGAGCUAGCGCUCAUGACUUGCUUAGAGCAUUGCAGCACGAUUUCAUGAAGCUAUGCGUGGAACUUGGACAGCUGUCACCUCUCGUUCGAUCUGCGCGUGAACAACGAGCCCAAGAAAAGGCGCGCAAGCUCUAA